GCACUAUUGCCCUCGUUUCUACCUCUCUCGUGGUCCCUUUUAGGCUUGUUGCCUGUGUCCUGCUGACCCGUUGUGGUGUUAUCUUUAUAGCGUGUUCCAUUCCCCUUGCGGUGUGGGGUUGGGUUCAUCACCCUGUUCCCUUUUAGGAAACUGUUGUAACGGUAAUUCAUUCACUGCCAGAUAGAACCGACUGACUACGUGUUCGGUCCGCAAAAAUAAAAUGACUGUUCUGCUUUCCCUUGCCUUCUGGUUUGGAAUCGCUGUAACAAUAAUUCAAUCUGUAGCCGUAGACUGCCAUGGGCCGAUGGCCAGCACAAAGUAUCAUCACGUAUCCGCCCGCGUGCUCAGCGUUGCUAACAAGCUUCGCGAGCUAGGGGUUGAGAGCGCCCUACAGGUACCAACCCUCGUUAUUGCUGGAGAUCAAUCCUCGGGGAAGUCGUCUGUUGUGGAGGCAAUUGCCGGUGUUGCGUUACCUCGCUCGGAUGGAACUUGCACCCGUUGUCCGACGGAGGUCCGCAUGAGGGCUAACACGGCUAGCGCUCCCAACAAUCAAUCCUGGUCCUGCC